ACAACAGUCUAAAUGGCUCAGCAGGGAGUUCUACUAGACCAGGACCAGUUCUGUUGUUCUGUCUGUCUGGAUCUACUGAAGGAGCCGGUGGCUAUUCCCUUUGGACACAGUUACUGUAGAAGUUGUAUUGAGGGCUACUGGGAUCAGGACGAUCAGGGCAUCUACAGUUGUCCUCAGUGCAAUCAGACCUUCACUCCAAGGCCUACUCUGAGGAAAAAUAACAUGUUGGCUGAGGUGGUGGAGACACUGAAGAAGACAGGACUCCAGGCUGCUCCCCCUGCUCUGUGCUAUGUUGGACCUGGAGAUGUGGCGUGUGAUUUCUGCACUGGGACCAGAAAGCAGAAAGCCCUCAUGUCCUGUCUGGUGUGUCUGGUGUCUUACUGUGAGACUCACCUCCAGCCUCACUAUGAUGUUCCUGGACUAAAGAAACACAAGCUGGUCAAAGCCACCGCACAACUACAGGAGAAGAUCUGCUCUCAUCAUGACAAACUGCUGGAGGUUUACUGUCGUACCGAUCAACAGUGGAUCUCGUAUCAAUGUAUGAUGGAUGAACAUAAAGGUAAUGAUACAGUGUCAGCUGCAGCAGAGAGGUGUAACGCUCGUCGUCGUAAGGAAUAG